AUGAGGGAACAUUGGGAGUUCCACAUUCGCGCAUCACCCAAAUUAUUGUUUUUAGGUGGUCGUCAGACAGGCGCAGGCGCGGGAGGUUAUCCACAUCGGUACCGUUUUCGAUCCAUGCGGCGCCCAACCCGCAUCAUCGCCAAGUCCCGCGUUUCUUCCUUGUGCGACGACAUCCUCUUCAGCAUCAGAUUCGUCAUCACUGUCAAUACCUGCAUCCGAUUUAAUAUCAAGUCUUUCAAGAUCUGUGACCGUAUUUCCGUCCUCUUCCUCAUCUUGAAGAUCUGCCUACUCGAGAUUUUCCAGAUCUCUCAGAAAGCGAAUAUCGCUCGGAUCCUCGGGAAUAUUCCCAGCACCGAAGCAAGGUGCUUGCUGGGACUGCCUCUUCGUCUACGCGCGUGGAUGCAGUUCCAGCUUCCUCAAGCUGUGUCUGGGCAGCUUUUUUAUGUUUGCCAGUUUGUUUGUACAGGACUCGCAAAUCACACUGGCCGGAUCUUCGGGAGACUGGGAAAAGAUUUCUGGGACAAUGAAUCACUCGAAAAAGAAGGAUUUGCUCCGAUAAAACUACACACUGCUGGUUGGAUCAUUGGUGCGUACUGCGGGCAUAAUUUUCUUGCAAUGGCAGCCCGAAGAAAGCGUCCUGCUGAAGACCUGGGUCAGCUCGCGGAAACAAUUUCUCGAGAGAAGAAGUUCAAGGUGAACGAAAAGAAGGAACUCUUGCAAUUUGCUACGAAAACCGAUGCUGAGCAAACACUCGUCUUGUACGCAGGAUUUAUUGAGUUGAAAAACGUUACCAUUAUCGAUUCUUCAGCCGUCGAGAACAUGUUGGAUCCAACAGUCGGAGGAUAUUGUAAAAUUUUGUUUGCUCUGAUCGAGCUCCUCGAUUCCAUUUACGAACCUGCGAAGAAGAAGAAAGACUCUUCGGAAUCUUUUGAUGGGGCAAACCGCGAACGGAAAAGACUUCAAACCCCCAAGAACAUCUUCGAGACUGCAAAGGCCGUCGUUACGUUACAUGCAUCCACCAAAAUUUCUGUCACAUUGGAGCUCUGUGUUCGUCUCGCGUUCUUGGGGCCGGAUUAUUGGGGACGAGUUGAUAAGGAGUUGGAGAUCGCGAGGACAGCGCACGCGACUCGCAGCGAACUAUCGGGAUUCUUUGCAGCAGUCCUGGAGGAUGACAUGGAGGAAUUUGGUCAGGUCGAAAUUCCCGAGUAA